CCCGCCGCAAACCAAGCACCCGCCGCGUUUCCAGUUCAAACCUCCAAUCCUCCCCGGCGGCGAGAUGGCCCGCACGAAGCAGACGGCGCGCAAGUCCACCGGCGGCAAGGCGCCGCAGAAGCAGCUGGCGACGAAGGCGGCGCGCAAGUCGCCCCCGGCGACCGGCGGCGUGAAGAAGCCGCACCGCUUCCGCCCGGGCACCGUCGCGCUCCGGGAGAUCCGCAAGUACCAGAAGAGCACGGAGCUGCUCAUCCGCAAGCUUCCCUUCCAGCGCCUGGUCCGCGAGAUCGCGCAGGACUUCAAGACCGACCUGCGGUUCCAGUCCUCGGCCGUCGCCGCGCUGCAGGAGGCCGCGGAGGCCUACCUCGUCGGGCUCUUCGAGGACACCAACCUCUGCGCCAUCCACGCCAAGCGCGUCACCAUCAUGCCCAAGGACAUCCAGCUCGCACGCCGCAUCCGCGGGGAGCGCGCCUAGGCUGGUCGCCGGUGACGACCUAGAUCUGGAUGCUGCUAGUAGCUAGUUCAAGUGAGAGGAUGCUGUAGCUUGUAGUGCCUGCCAGAUGAGGUUAACCUCUGGUUGUUAUCAAUGGGAAAUUCCUAGACUGGGUGCCAAUUCUCUCUCACGCACCUCCCUUCUGCUGAUUGGGCGUUUCUGAAUUUACCAUUGGCUUGGUUUCUUCUGA